UCAAUUUUUAUGUCAGUACCGACAUCGGUCAACUCCCCAUUAUUCGUAUGUUGCGCGUGCGCCACCGCGUUUAGUUGUGUUCGCAGCACGCCCAAGAAUAGCCGUCAGCGCGAUGGUUCCCGCCUGAAGCAUUUAGGAUCGCUGUGCCCGUACGCGUAAUUGCCCAUUUGGUCAUAAACGGCCUGCAACUUGUGUAACUGUCGGUCCUUUGAUACGGGCCUGUCGCGACUGACACAUUAUCUUAUUUACGAAUUGUAAACGUUCGGCGCUCAGUAUUCAGUUCGUGCGUUUACCAUAAACUCGUGCGUGUAAUUUUAUGUUUGAUUUUAUUUUAUUCGACGCGCCGCGUUAUCUGCCUUGCUUGUAGUUGAUAAUGCCUGAUAAAAAGAGGUGAAUAGAUAACUGGAAAUCGGCAACACACAUUGGAAAAAGUGCAAUAAAGAGUGUGUAUGAGACUUAGUAAUAUUUGUUGUUGUUUUUUAUAUUUUUGUGGUUCAAAAGUUCAAGUUUUAAUUGCGGUUUAGUGAUAUAACGUGAUGUACGUAUGACUGAUGCGUCUGCGCCGGUGCAAGUGUUUCGUUGGACCUAUUUUCGUACCACGGAAAUAAGAGCGGCAAAAGGAGCAAAAAGCUCGAACGCCUGAAAAACUUGAGGACGCAGUGCCGCGUAUAUUUCUGUCUGUUGUGAACCAAUGUCCACAACAGCUGCCUGUGACACUGGUGCACCAACGUGAGAUCAACGGAACAAUGAAGAAGAGGACCCUAUCAAAACUUAAAUCACUAUUUAGUUCCAAGAAAGAUAAACGACAACACCAACAGCAGCAAUCUUCGAAGUCUUCGCGAUCGCCGUCGCCCGAACCGGCGGGGGAGGCGUCGCCGGCCAGCAAUGAAUCGUUUCGGCCGCUCAUGCGGACCCCCCCGCCGAGCCGCGCCGGACCGCCCCCCUCCCCGCCGGUGCCCACCCAUCCCAUCGCCCCAGUACCCCCCGAUCCUGCAGGACCUCUCCCUCUCAGCCCGUGCCCAGUCUGCGGCAGAACCUUCGUCCCACAAUCCCUCGCCAAACACGUCAAAAUAUGCGAAAAGAUGACCGUCAAGAAAAGAAAGACCUUCGACUCCUCCAGACAAAGACGAGAAGGGCUGUCUUCGGAGAAUGGUGUUAAAUCUGGUACAGAUUUAGAACAGUAUUUGCCAAAGAACUUUGGACUUCCAGAAAACAGUCCAUUUUUGGAGAAGAGUCCUCCCAACACGGCCAAAGCUGUUCCCAAGCCCAAAACUCAGUCAGUUCGAAGCACCAUCACAAAACCAAUGGCCGAGCUGCAGAAGUGCCCGCACUGCAGCCGAGCGUUCGGCGUGCGUGCGUUCGAGCGCCACGUGGAGUGGUGCGCGGACAAGGCCAAGAUCUUACCAGCGGCGCCCGCGCAGCCGCCGCCGCACAUCGCCGACGCCAAGCAGCGGCUGAAUGCUCGCACGCAGUAUAAGGCGCCGCUGGUGCGAGGCAGAAGGUCGUCUCAAACCCGUGAUAAGUCGUCCAACAGUCGUUCGGGGUCGGUCGACUCAUCGCGAGGCCGAUCACCGCCGCCGCCGCGCGAAUACGGCGACUAUAACAAGCAUGGUCGGACUAGAGCUUCAGAAUCUGUCUCUAGCAACGACUGCCACGACGAUUCACCACACGUGCCAGUGAUCAGGAACUCUCGAAACUCACAGAACAACUCUUCAGGAGACGCCAAUGUCAAGGCGAGGCAGGCCAGGCUAGCUCGAGACCUAAGCAGCUCCAGAAAUAAUGACCAAGAAUCCCAUCCAACACCAAUCCAACAAACUAAUACUGAUCCUAAUAUCAAGAAAAGUUUAACGCAAAAUAAGAUUAGAAAUAAAAUGAAUGCAAAAAAGCAGCAACAACUGAAAAAACUUGAAGAAAUCGCAGAUAAAUACAAAGAAAGAAACCAAACUAGAGAAGAAAAGAAACCCAUUUAUAAAAAAGAUAAAAGUCAGAUACCUAUUCCAAAGAAAAUUAAUUUGAAAAAUGAGAUUCAACCUGUUGAGGAUCCGCAAUCUAGUCAUUACAAAGACGAAGAUAAUAAAGUGAACGAUGAUAUGAAUUUAAAAGUUAUUGAACCAAUCACUAGGAAAAAAAGAGCUGCUCCCAAAUCUACAAUAGUAUCAGUUUCAAAAGAGAAGAAAGUAGUUGAAAGAAAAAAGGUACAUGAUAGUGAAAAGAAAAAGGUUACUUUAAAGAAAGAAGUGCGAGACACAAAAUUAGUGAAGGAAAAUAGCAUGAGUUUAGACAGCCUGGAAGAUCAGUCGACUGCCGGUACUGAUAGAAACUGUACAUCUAUCGGAAUUAAUACAGAAUUAAUCUGUCCAUGUAUACCUUGUGUUAUAUACGAUAAUCUUGAUCAAAAUCCUAAAAGUAGCAGAAAAACAAACGGUAUUAAUAAGGAGAAAAAUAUUCCAAAACAUGUUGACGAACCCAAGGUUGAGUUACUGUACAAAAAUCCAAUAAUGGUUAGUUCAUGUGAUAUACAAGAAAAAAUAAAAACUGAAGUUCAAACUGACUCCAAAGAGGAUCUGACGGAUUCUAAUACCAACAUUUACCUAUACACAAACAAUACCUCUGAGAAUGAUAUUGUAGAAUCAGCCACGAGCGUUCCAGAAACUAAUAGAAAAGACAAUGCAUGUAAAAAUAUAGAUAGAGAAGAUAAAAGUAAAUACAAAUCCAAGAAAACUACUGAAAGCUUGACUUAUGAUGAAACUGGACAAACGACAGAAGAUAUGCACGAUCUUUCAGCUGAACACUAUGAUGAAAAUUACGAACAUGAUAUGAGUGCGGAUCUCGAUAAUUCUGAUGAAAACAAAUAUCAUGUUAACGACCAAUACGAUGAAAACGUAGACAAUGAAGAAAAUGAUAUUGUUUGUCGACAUGGAAGUGGCGACACAUACACAAAAUUUACUGAGAAUCCUGCUGAUUUAGAAGAAUUUAUUAAUAUUACAGAUAAAAUGAUGAGUAGUCAUUAUGCAGCAGAAAAAUCAAAUAUAGAGAAUGACCUUGAAAAUAUUCAUACGCCGAGAACCAAUUCUCUUGAAACCAUUAAUGACAAUAGCUCCGAUAAAAAUACCAACAAAAAUGUAGAAUCGUCUAAAUACAACUUCUCUGAUUCUUUUCAAGAAUUAAAGAGUGAUUUAAAGCACUUGAUAGAAAGUGCUGGGGACGAAAACGUCAAUCGUGCUUUAAAAAAAUCUGAUGGGGAAAACAUUGUUGAUACCAAUAGAAACGUUUGUGACAUGGAGCAUAUAACUGUUUAUCAAUUAAAAUUCUAUGAAGAGAAACCAAAAGAAGACAAUAUUCUUAAAAACGUCGCAUCUGAAUUCAAACUGCCCUCUAUAAAGGAAACAAACAAACCUGAACGAAAACUUGCCUGUAGCAAAAGUAGAAUGCAAAAAAUUUACAAGCCAAACAGAAAAUACAGAAUGCUGGGUGAACAAAACCGCACCAAUUCAGAAUAUCAGACUUUUAUUGUUAAAGAAAAUGAAGAUGAAAAAAGCGAUGAACUAACUGAAGGUCCCCCACUGAAACUGCCUCGAAUCGAACUUAAGAGCAGUAACAAUGUUGUGAACGAGAGUCUAUUCCCAUCCUCCGUGAAACGUUCCACUUCCCUCCUUGAUUCCAUUCAAAAGAAGAGUGUACAGAAAGGCGAUAGUGCGAAAAGCCGACACAAAGCUGAUCAGUUGGAGCAGGAUAUAAUGCAAUCUCUGAAGGACUUCGACAAAUUUUACGAGCCUGAUAGGAACGAAAACAUUCAGUCCAAAGAGAUGUCAGCUUAUAAUGUAUCUCACAAUGGUACGGCGAGGCGGAACAGUCGUGUCAAAUCUGAAAAGACGAACAAGAAGAAAGAGGUUGUGACGAACGGGAAUUACACACCUAACGGGAAAUCUAGCAACGAUUCAGCAUAUAGCAGGUUAGUCAGCUUGAACAGAAUAUCGCCUUCGAAACUUUCCAUCUGCAAUUCAAAAGAACCGAACGGUCUCGCAUCUUUGGAGCAAAUCCCGGCGGGCUCGGAUUCCAGUGGGAAGGAGGAAAUCAGGUCGAUGUCCAGCGACGAGUUUUUGGCCAUGGAAAGAUCUGCAGAGUUGGAUGAACCGUUGCCACAGCCAGACAUUACGUUUAAGGAGUUGGAGAAUCAUCCAAUAAAUGACAAGCGCGCGAGUUCCCGCGCGUCCUCCCGUCGCAGCCCGACCUGGCGCGAGCGCAGCGGGCAGUCGUCGAGCGGAUCGGACGCGUCGCUGCACCGCGCGCGCCGCGACUCGGCGCCGCGGCUGUCGCGCUUCUGCCACGAGUGCGGCAGCAAGUUCCCCGUCGACUCCGCCAAGUUCUGCAUCGAGUGCGGCGUCAAACGGCUCCUAGUCUGAACGGGGGUUUACACGGAUCGAUUGCUUUUGAGGUAAUGGAGUUUUUUGGUACAGGACUGAAGCUCCGAGUUAGAUUCGUCUUUUUGCCAAAAGAAAUUUACCACUCGGAGCCUGUCAGUUUUGAUGUCAUAUUUGUAAUAAAAAACGGCUAAUGAAAUAUUUUUUGGUAGUCCGUAAAAUGAUGUAAACAAAUUACAAAACUAAACCAAACAUGUCGAAUGUCGACCCGUGUAAAUCCCGUUGCCCGACCAACGCAGCAUGUGAGAGCAUUUAUCUAGUCUUAUAAUUUUGUUGAUUUAUUGUUUGUAUGGCUUUAAGUGCACCAGAGAUCUGUCGCGGCCGAAGUAGAUUUAUGUAGGAAUGAACGAAACGAAACUGAUUCGUUGGUAUUCUUAGUGUUGUGCUUAUUUUUGCAAGAUUGUAAGCAGACGUGAUGCCGUGAUAUGGCAACAAAUAUAAUUUUCAAGCUUGCAUUUUCUUGAAACAAAAUGUCAGAGAAUUCUUUUGAAUAUUUUAUUUGAUAAUGUGUCGCAGAAAGAGAAGAGAGCAAAUGUCUAUUUGAUAAAAUACAAAUUAAUUAUGCAUUUGUUUUAAAUAGACCAGUGACGCAAAACAAAUUAAUGUUAUUUUUAUCUUGCAUGAAUGUCUUUUCAAGGCAUUGUGUUUUAAACAAUGAACUAAUUAUGUAAUUUACAUAGUACGAAUAUUUUAUGUAACGUAAUUUUAGCGCAUGAGUAAAGAACCAAGCAAAGCCAAAGCUUCCAAAAAAAGGGCAAAUUAAAAUAAUAAAACAUAGUGCAUGCAGAUUUACGACGUACGUAUCAACGUGGCGUUUCGACGCAAGAAUUUGCAUAAUGUGCAAUGUAGCUUUGUCUCUGGUUGGGGUAUACUCGUGUGUGUGAAGUUAGUCGAUUGUGACAUGGUUCUAUUUAAUGUAGGUAAGCCUCUAAUACUACUUACAUUUUACCAAUAAGGUAAUAAAACUAUGCAUUUGUAUGAGGUUGAAAUGAAAUAAACCAAAAUAUUUCUUCA